CCACACACACAUAUACACACAAACUACCAAUUCUCUCUCUCUCUCUCUCUCUAUCUAUCCAUGGCGACACUCUCUCAGUCCUUGCUCCAUAGACUCCACUCUCUAUCUUCAUCAUCAUCAUCAUCAUCAUCUACUUGUACAAGUCUGUUAUUCCAUUGCUCUCUUCAUCAUCUUCCUGGACAAGUUGUCCCAACAUUACCAGAAAUCCCCAUCUUGUCCACUGCUUCUUAUUUUUCAACCUCCAAACUCCAAUUCAUCCACCACCCAACCAAGCUCUUUCUUCACCCAUUGCUAUUUUUGAGCAGCAGCUUCGAUGGCCCUCUCGACACCCAGACAUUCCUCGCCACCAUCAGCGUCUUGGCCGCCAUUGCUCUCUCCCUCUUUUUGGGUCUCAAGGGAGAUCCUGUUCCUUGUGGGAGGUGUGCUGGCAAUGGUGGGACGAAAUGUGUCUUUUGUAAUGAUGGUAAAAUGAAGCAAGAAACAGGCAUGGUUGAUUGUCGAGUUUGCAAGGGCGCAGGAUUGAUACUCUGCAAGAAGUGUGGAGGUUCUGGAUAUUCAAGGCGCCUUUGAGCUACGCUUGUAGAUUUUGCAUUGCUAUGUCAAUGCCAUGUUUUGGUCCUGAAGAUGAUUUUAUUAAAGCUAAUUCUUUUCACUAAUCCUUACUUAGCAGGAAAAAGUAUGUAAAAAAGAUUCUUUUCAGUAUAUAUUGCUGUAUCUCUAUUGUUGCCCCUUUGAUUGUCUAAUUUAUUAUUCAGUUGCAAAAAUUUAUGGAGACGGCCCAUGUAAUAAACCUUCACAUUUGGAUGGUUCGAGCUAUUGUUUGAGCUGAUUUCAGGGUGACUAAAAAAAAUGUGAUACACAA